AUGGCUGUGAGCCAGGGAGGGAAGCACGACCCGCUUGCGGUAGGAUGUAGAAGUGGCGAGCGUGGCGGCGUGUUGCCACUCGUGGAGAGCAAGGCUUGGUUCCCCAGAGAAGCUGCCUACUGGGCAGCCUGGGCGGACGCUUUGCCAGUCAUAGUCAUAGCCCAACGUCGCCCCGGCAUGGCCGACCAUUGCAUCACACAGCUGACUCUAGGCGCUCACUCCUCCCGCGCCUGUUUCCGUGCCGCAGCAACUGCCGGCGCUUUCUUGCGCGAGCACGGCUGGGAAGCUUGUCCUCCAUGGGAAGCGUUCCGCACUCCUUCCGUGUCCCAUCCUCGCCUCGACGCUGGGGAACCAAGCCUUGCUCUCCACGGGUGGCAACACGCCGCCACGCUCGCCACUUCUACAUCCUACCGCGAGCGGGUCGUGCUUCCCUCCCUUACAGCAGCAGGCCACACGCUCACCAGUGCGGCGCUCGCCCCCGGCACGCCGGCUACCUUGGCUGCUCUCACCAACCCAGAGCGCCGCCCUCCCGCUCUGACGCGGCCUCUACCGGACCACCUCCCUGCUUUCCAGCCGGCAACGGCCCUCCAACUCACACAGCGGGACCGGCAGCCGGACUUUCCGGCGCCACUAUCCAUGGAACAUUACAAACUUCUCUUGGAAAGCGAGGAAGGGUUACAGCUGUUCACACACGCAGUGACCCAACUCGGCCAAGCAGCGGUCCCGGAACCCAUCCUGCGCGCCCUCGCCUUAUCCCGCCUAACAGCCCUGACCAAACCAGGGGGGGCUGGUGUGCGCGGGAUCGCCACCGGCGACGCGCUGCGUCGCCUCACUGCUCGAACCCUCGCGCGUACCCAUGCAGCGGUGUUCGACACUGCCACCCGCCCGUACCAAUUUGCGCUCCACGCGCGCGCCGGCACCGACGCGCUGGCGGCUGUUCUGUCGGCUGCCCUGGACACGGACCCCAGCAUAACGGUCGUGUCUGUGGAUGGCCGCAGCGCCUACGACACCAUCAGCCGGGCGGCCGUUUUCAACAAAUUGCUUGAGGUCGCGCCGGCCCUUGUCCCCUUCACGCGCGCCUGGUACGGCGCCCCCUCUGAAUUCCUCUGGUGGGAACAACACAAUGUUUGCCACCGAGUGCCCCAGGGCGAAGGCCUCGAGCAAGGCGACGCGCUGGCUCCGGCCCUUUUUGCGCUUGGCCAACAUGACGCGCUCACCGGGGCAGCGGAACAGCUGCUCCCCACCGAGUGCUUAGCUGCUUACCUGGACGACCUCUAUGUUGUCACCACUCCCGACCGCGCCCGGCUGGCUUAUGAUACAGUCACCAGGGCGGUCCAACUUCCUGUGGUGUCUUGGGGCCACGUGGUGUGUUUGCCUUCCUAUUCUUCUGCCGUGCGCGCCAGCACGGGCAGAUGUUUCAUGUGUUGGGUUCCAAAGCUGUGGGCCUAUAAAGAGGCUGCCUUGACCAUCCAUGACUAUCAGGUGGCCUCGCUCGAGGAUUGCCGCGGUUUUCUUAUAGCAGCACCGAACGUAUCUGAUGCAGGCCCCUUCUUGCACCCUUGUGUGGCUUACGCCAUCGCUUUGCUUUCUUGCUUUCGCUCCUGGCUUUCCUUCUGGCCUUCGUCGUUUCCAAUGGUGGCCGCAGACUUCGUGGCCACAUUACAAGUCGCAUGUGAUGCAAAACUGGAGCUGCUGCAACGCUUCGCUGCCUCCAGCUGGGAGCCCGAGCUUUUCAUCGUGCCAGAUGCAACCGCAGGAGGUGACCACGUGGACGACAUGGCAAUCGUGUUUGCAGGGCCGUUGGCAGAGGCACUUGGGCGGCACUCUUGGGACCACAAGCCUGAAUUCCUUGCGGCUCUGCGUUGUUUGCGCGCCUUUGGGCUUCUUUCCGAUGACUUUGCACAAGUGGAAUUUGUCCGUGGCAUGGCGCGCUUUGCUGCUGACGUCGCAAAUUUCGCUGGUCAGUGA